UGCUUCCUUUCCAGUCUCCUCGUCUCCCUUCCCCUGCUGUUUGUAUAACCUGCAUUUUUUUUUUUUUUGGAACCUGGGUCAUGGUGAAAUCAAUAUAUAUAUAUAUAUAUAUAUUGGAUGGGUAUUUGAUGCUGUGGCGUAGACUGUGGGAUUGACAAUCUAGUUGGGUGGUGCCAUACUUUUAAGCUCGAGACUUGCGGGGGGGUAUCGCUUCUUCGAGACAGUGUUGGAAUGAAUUGAUGAGGUUGUGUUCAUCCGCAACAGCAAAUUUAUUGGCUGUCUCAGGCUUUCGGUUCCCAUGUGUUGAGUAUGUCAUAGAUCAGGAGGGUUGAGCUACAUAACGCCAAUGGAUUUAUGGAGGAGGUGUCUUUUUUGAUUAAUCUGUGAGCAAGUUUGUGUUUGAAGUAUUGAGGAAGCUACCGAUUGAGGUGACCUCGAACAAGCAAGCGAGCACCAUGGCACCGAAGAAAGGAAAGGCACCGAAGAAGCAGAAGGGGCCACUAACAGAGGAGGAGAAGAAGGCGAAGGCCGAAUUCGAGGCACUGAAGGCUGUAGAAAUGAAGAAGAAGGCCAUUCGGGAUCGAAGAACAGCAAUCAAGCAAGCAAUGGUUGAGGAGGAGAAACGCAGUACAAAUAGCAUGCUUCAAAUUCACAAUCAAUGGAGGAGUAUUAUGCGCUCUGCCAAGUUGAAGGAGCAGCGAGAGGACAUUGAUUGGUUGUCCAAAAAGCAUGUGCAUCAGGUGGAGGUGAAAGACCGUGUCAUAGGAUUGUACCAGAUGCAGAUGGACGAAUCUGAAGCUCAAUAUCACGCUGCUCAGAUCAAGCAUCUAACAAUGCUUGAUAUCUUGAUUGAUCUCCAUCACUUGGGAACCAUGAAAAUGGAAGAGCAAUUUUCUGAGCAGUUGAAAAGCCUCGAAGACUCCUUCGUGACGGAGAGGAAGCUCAUGACAACAGGGACUGAGAAACAGAAAAAGGAAUUGAAAGACAUAAUUGCAGCAAUGAGAGAAGAAGCCGAAGAGAUAAUUUCUGAAAGGAAACAAUAUUUCGAAUCAUCCCGAGAAGAGCUUAAGAGCAAAAACAUCGUGGAAUACAAUAUGCUGAAACUUUCGCUUGAAGCGGGAUUGGAGGAACUCGAACGGCGGAUUGAUCACACACAUCAGUCAUACCUGGCAACCACGGAGGCAAAUACUGUUUCUUUCAAAAAUUUGGUCGCCAAGGAUGAGGUUGUGUCGCGUGUCAUCGAGCAACGGAUGCGCAACCUCAUUCAAUUACAUGAAAAACUGUCGUAUUGGCGCGUUCGCAUGAUAAAUCAAGGCAAAGAGUGGGAUACCACGAACAAGAAGGUGAAAGACGAGAAGGAAUACUUGCUCAGUCACUACAUCCACUUGAAACGACUGUUGGACAGGAUACAGCAUCACGAGCAUAACUAUCUCAAGGAAGUCUCGAAAAAUGUUUUGGAGGCAAAGAACAUACUUCUGCAGAAGUUGACGGCGGUUCAACGAGUCCAGAUCAUGGCCCGCCGGGUCGCCAGACUUGAGACAGAGCACGAGAAGAUUUUCCCAUUCGAUCCAUUGCAUUGUUCUGCCAUCCCACUGGUGCCUGGUGUGGUGCUCGAACAAGAGCUGGAUGGAGACGCUCUUGUUAAGCGGGCGGAGAGGAAGAAUGAGUUGGGAGUGGGCUUUCUACUAAAGCCGGGGCUGUUAGAAGCCGAGCCCAAAGCGCCAGCAGCAGAAAUUGGCAACAAGCGAUUCCACUGGGCAUCCUGGGCUGUCAGUGACGCUGGCGAUGAAGUGGAAGAAAUCAACUGUAUGAUCAACUUCGAUAAGCGAUUCAACAAGGUCAAGCUUGACACACUGGCCAUCCAAAUGGAAAGAAACAGGCUGAGUAAGGAGAAUACGAAGCUUGCGAACGGCUUGCGCAACUAUUUGAAUAGCGCCACGAUCCCCGAGCACAUCAAAAAACAGCACAAUAUCCUGGUGGCUGUACACAAGAAACUAAAAUCGCCCCGAAUGAAACCUCCCCCGGUGUAUCGGCCGCCACCAGUCAAGACGCCGACAUAUGUGGAGGAAUUCUAGAACCCAUGUGAGCAGUAGGGCAACUGCAUGGGUUCACAUAUUUCGACUAUUUCGAUCAAUUCAAUGCACCGCAAAAAAGCUUGAACUGAUCCCAUGACGUCCUUCACUGGCACAUUUCCUGAGAUCAGUUAAAAUCCACCGAAGUGCACGAUAGUGUGACUGAACCCUUCAGUUUCAUGAAAGAAUCUUGUGGUUGAGGAAGAAACUCUGAAGACCUGUUGCAGCCUGUCUGAGCGGCAGAUUUCGAGAAAGCUAGGCUUGAAACUUAUUACACGUCUGGUCCUUCUAGCGCAAAACUGACACGACCAGGUGAGAAUGGAGCUUAUCUUGCAAGUCAGGAGAAUGAAACCUCACCCACUUUCUCCGAGUGAGCGCUGAAUGAAUACCUGGAAGAGAGAACACGAGUCAUCACCGGAAUCUGAACUAGUCUCAAGCAUGAUUCUUCUGCUUGACUCAUUCAUUUAUGAGCCAAAGUUUGGAAUAGGUUCAACACCAAAAACUUGACCAGCUGUUUCCUUCACCAUGUUACGUGUGAGCUCUCAAGCAUGAGAGUGAUGAAGAUGGUGAACAGCCUAAACUGACAAUUGAUUGACUCCACUACCGUUUCACCACAGCUUUUCUUGCUUUGUGGCGACGUCCAUGCUGAACUCAAAAUGCUUUUGUGAGCCAUGUGAGUCUCUUACCUCGGCGUUUUGAAGUGUUCCAGGUUUGUUUAUUUAUCACCCACAUAUAAGAUACACACAUUUGGGAGUGAGGCUCUCCAACUUGAGAUUCUCCGCAAUCUUCACAACACUAAACCAGCCGUCCAUCAAUUAAUGAAAAUCGCCCGAUAAGAUUGAUUUUUUAUUUUAUUUUA